AUGCUCCAAUUCUCAUUUUGUACGUCCCAAGACUCCAUAAAGACGAACCAAACCAUUAAAGAAGGUGAUCUUCUAAUUUCCAAGGGAAAUACUUUUGCUCUAGGAUUUUUUAGUCCAGGCAGUUCUAGCUAUAGAUAUCUUGGGAUUUGGUACCAUAAAGUACCAGGAAAGACUGUGGUGUGGAUAGCAAAUAGGAAUAAUCCAAUCAUUGGCUUCUCGGGGUUUCUCUUUAUCAACCAAUAUGGAAACCUCGUUCUGUUUGGUAACCGUGACCAACAAGGUCCGGUGUGGUCCACAAAUGUUUCCAUGGAAGAAGCAGAUGAUUGUGUCGCUGAGCUCUUGGAUUCUGGAAAUUUAGUCUUGGUUAAAGAUGGGAGAUUUGAGUGGAUCCUAACAUCGUGGAGAUCAGCUGAUGACCCUGGAAUUGGAAAUGUUUCAGUUAUGAUCAAUCCGAAUGGCUCACCACAAAUCUUUUUAUAUAAGGACCAAAUAUACUCUACCUAUACUGUUCCUGAUGAUUCUCUUGUCCUAACAAUAAUAGUAGAUUAUACAGGAUUUGCGAAGGUGUUAACAUGGGAUGAAAGUGAAUCAGGUGAUGGCCAAUGGAAGGAGCUCUGGAGAAACCCUCAGUAUCAAUGUCAUUUUUAUGGACGGUGUGGUCCUAAUAGUAUGUGUGAACCUACUGAUAUAAGUAAAUUUGAAUGUGCGUGUUUACCUGGCUUUGAGCCCAGGAAACGACUAGAAUCCUCUUCUGUCUGCGAGCACGGAGAAGGGUUUUUGAAUGUGGAAAAUUUAAUUCUUCCUGAUACUACCAAAGCAGUUUGGAUGGACAAGAGCAUGAGUCAGGCAGACUGUGAACUAGAAUGCAAGACGAAUUGUUCAUGCGCUGGAUACGCAAGCAUUGAAAUUCCUGGGAAAGGGGUUGGCUGUUUGACUUGGUAUGGGGAAUUAUUAGACAUGAAAUAUGAUAUGACUGAAAGUUAUGAUCUAUUUGUUCGUGUUGAUGCAUAUGAAUUAGGAAGACGGCACGAAAAGAACAACCCAGGUGUCAAUCUAACUCAAGCGGAUCCCACGACAUUACUCGAUGUGCUUUUUCCAUCCCUAAGCGCUUUUGUACCUGGUAGGAUAAUAAUAGAUAAUGCUCUGAGGAAACCAGUCAGGGUCAAUCCGAAUGGCUCACCACAAGUUUUUUCAUAUAACGGCACGAAGCCAUCUAGUCGAACUCCCCCAUGGCCUUGGAGAAGCCAUGGGGGCGGCCAGCCCAGUUUAUCCAACAAGAGUUUUGUAAAUGAUCAAGACGAAAUAUACGCUAGUUUUACUAUUCCUGAUGAUUCUCUUGUCCUAAUAACAGUAGUGGAUUAUUCAGGAUUUGUGAUAAAGUUAGCAUGGCAGGAAAGUGAAUCAAGUGAUGGCCAGUGGAAGGAGUUCUGGAGAGCUCCUCAGUAUCGAUGUGAUUUUUAUGGAUGGUGUGGUCCUAAUAGCAUAUGCGAACCUACUGAUGGAAGUAGAUUUGAAUGUUCGUGUUUACCUGGGUUUGAGCCCAAGUACCCGAGGGACUGGUUUCUGAGAGAUGGCUCUAGUGGAUGUGUCAGGAAACUACUAGAAUCCUCUUCAGUCUGCAAGCACAGGGAAGGGUUUGUGAAGGUGGAAAAUUUGCUUCUUCCUGACACUAGCGCAGCGGUUUGGGUGGAUAUGAGCAUGAGUCGGGCAGACUGUAAACUACACUGCCAGACGAAUUGUUCAUGCGCUGCGUACGCAAGCAUUGAAAUUCCCGGGCAAGGGGUUGGCUGUUCGACUUGGCAUGGGGAAUUAUUAGACAUAAAAUAUGGUACGGCUGAAAGUUAUGAUCUAUUUGUUCGCGUUGAUGCAUAUGAAUUAGCUGAAUAUAACAGGAAGUCAAAUGGUUCUGGUAAAAGGAAGGACAUUCUGGCCAUUUUGGCACCGUCUGUUGCGUCGCUAUGGUUUCUCAUUAGCCUAUUUGCUUUUUUGUGGCUCAGGAAGACGGCACAAAAAGAAUUUCGGGAGAAUCCUCACACGGCAGUUGAGGUUGAAGAAGGAUCAUGUUCUAUAAAUGAGUUGACAAUUUCUGUAAUUUUGGGUCGGUGA